CCCCGCCCAAUUCAAGACCACCUCGACCACCUGGCCCAUACAAGGGGAGAUUGGGAGAGCAUAAAAUCAAAUUGUCAACAUCGCUGUCUAGGCCGACGUUCGUUGUUUGUUUUGACAGCUGACAGCUUGGACUCCAUGGACUCCGCUUUCCCUCAGGAACUUUACGUGUCAAGCGGUGCACCGGCGCACUGAAAUGGAGCGGACCCAGCGACAGAUCACUAUUCACGCCCCCUCGGUGUUGAUUUUCGUUUGACAGCAAGUUCAAGUUUCUUGGGAGUCUCCAAAACUGUGACUGUUUGAGCCUUUAAAUCAAUACUUUUUUUUUUUGGAUUAAUUUCGACUGAUCCCUCUGGAGUUUUCUCUAAUGAUGGAAUAAGAAGUAAUCAUGGUGGUGAAUUCAGUGCACUGGUUUCGCAAAGGUCUGCGGUUGCACGAUAAUCCGGCGUUGCAGGAGGCCCUCAAUGGAGCGGACACAGUGCGCUGUGUUUAUAUCCUAGACCCGUGGUUUGCUGGCGCCGCUAACGUGGGAAUCAACCGAUGGAGGUUUCUGCUGGAGGCUCUGGAAGACCUGGACAGCAGUCUGAAGAAGCUCAACUCCAGAUUGUUUGUAGUCAGAGGGCAGCCUACUGAUGUUUUCCCAAGGCUUUUAAAGGAGUGGAAAGUGACCAGGUUGACCUUUGAAUAUGACCCAGAGCCAUAUGGGAAGGAGAGAGAUGGGGCCAUCAUCAAGAUGGCCCAAGAGUUUGGAGUGGAGACCAUUAUCAGAAACUCACACACCCUCUAUAACCUGGAUAGGAUAAUAGAGAUGAACAACAACAGUCCUCCUCUGACCUUUAAGCGGUUUCAGACCAUUGUGAGCAGACUGGAGUUGCCCAGGAGACCGCUGCCUCCCAUCACUCAGCAGCAGAUGGACAAUUGUCACACUAAAAUAGCUGACAACCAUGACCAGUUAUACAGUAUACCUUCACUGGAAGAACUUGGUUUUAGGACAGAGGGUUUACCUCCAGCUGUUUGGCGAGGAGGAGAGUCAGAGGCCUCGGACAGACUCAACAAACAUCUGGACAAAAAGGUGUGGGUGGCCAAUUUCGAGCACCCUCGGGUCAACACGUGUUCUCUGUAUGCCAGUCCUACUGGCCUCAGCCCCUACCUGCGCUUCGGCUGUCUGUCCUGUAGGGUUUUGUACUACAACCUCAGAGAGCUCUACAUGAAGCUCCGUAAGCGUUGCAGUCCUCCUCUGUCCCUGUUUGGCCAGUUGUUAUGGAGGGAGUUUUUCUACACAGCUGCCACCAACAACCCAAAUUUUGACCGCAUGGAGGGAAACCCCAUCUGUGUCCAGAUCCCAUGGGACCAGAACCCAGAGGCACUGGCCAAGUGGGCUGAGGGUCGGACUGGUUUUCCCUGGAUUGACGCCAUCAUGACCCAACUGAGACAGGAGGGCUGGAUCCACCACCUGGCACGACAUGCUGUGGCCUGUUUCCUUACCAGGGGAGACCUGUGGAUCAGCUGGGAGAGUGGCAUGAAGGUGUUUGAGGAGCUGCUGCUGGAUGCAGACUGGAGUGUAAAUGCUGGCAGCUGGAUGUGGCUGUCCUGCAGUGCCUUCUUCCAGCAGUUCUUCCACUGCUACUGUCCUGUCGGCUUUGGAAGGAGAACUGACCCAUCAGGAGACUACAUCAGGCGUUACAUCCCCAUCUUGAAGGACUACCCGAACCGGUACAUCUAUGAGCCGUGGAAUGCCCCGGAGUCGGUCCAGAAGGCAGCCAACUGUGUGGUGGGAGUGGAUUACCCCAAACCUAUGAUUAACCACGCAGAGGGCAGCAGGCUCAACAUUGAGAGAAUGAAACAAGUUUACCAGCAACUCUCCCAUUACAGAGGACUCAGUCUACUAGCAUCAGUACCAACGAUCCAAGAGGAGGCAGAGGAACCAAUGACCGAUGAGUCGCAGACCAGCAGUGGCCCUGUUUUUCUAGACUCUCCUUCCAGAGGUCCUGCUGACACUGAAGCAGCUGGCUGCUCUACAGCUCCUGAUUCGUCCACAGUCUGUGCAUCCUCCACCUAUGCCCCACAUCCACACCUAGAGGACACAGCAAACAGUCACCCAUCCCAGACAACAUGCACCUCCUCAGGCUCACACGCACAGCCCUCUGCAGCCAUAACAUCUACAUCUGUCAGCCAUCCUCUGUCCACAGCAAUCCCUGCUUCCCUAGCCCAGAGCCUACUGUCAAGUUCCAAACCUUCCUCCUCAUGUUCCACCUUGUCCCCAUCCCCCAAUCCAGCCACGACCACAACUCAGACCUCCUCUCUGGGGCCCAGGAGGAAGGGCCUUGCUGGCAAUGUCCGGCGCAGCCAGAGGCAGCGAGGGCGACAGAGCUGCACUCCAGCAGCCAGGGAGGGAGAGAGGAGAUCAGAGGACGAGGAGGGGGAGGAAGCAGAAGGGGAGGAGCGGAUGGAGGAGGACAUUGAGCAGAAUGUGGAGAGAAUGGAGGAGGAGACUUCUGGAGAGACAGCAGGACAUCAGCAGUAAUACAAGCUUCUCUUUCAGGUGGAGCUCAAAAGAACAAUCUUUAAACAUUCAUCCCGGAUAACUGGACUCAUAAGACAUACACAAGGAACAGGGUUCUGGAUAUGUGGACAACAUAAAUAUACAUUACCAUACAUACAACUGAGGCAGCUGUGGCUCAGGAGGUAGAGCAGGUCGUCCACUGAUUGACUGGAUCAAUCCCUAGUUCCUCCUGUCACCAUGUUGAAGUGUCCUUGGACAAGACACUAUACCGUGCAUGGUAGCUCGCUGCCAUCGGCAUGCGUGUGUGUGUGUGAUUGGGUGAAUGAGAGGCAAAUUGUAAGCGCUUUGAAUAAAAGCGCUAUAUAAAUGCAGCCAUUUACUCCAGUCAUAAAAAAAAUGGAAAUACUGGACAAGCAUUUAAAUAAGAGUAACACAUUUUAGAACAGAAUCAGUCAAGAAUUACUAUAAAUGAUUCAAAAAGAAUUCUUAUUUGAGGAAAUAGGUCAUAAUCCUAAAAUUGUGGGUGAGUCCCAGAGUGAUGGUCUAAACCAGUUAAUUCUGGGUCCUGUCCAGGCCAAAAACUGACUAUUCUUUUUUUAAAGGCAGACAGGAACACUGCUUGAGCUUCAGACAGAUUUACUGAACUAUGUAUUAAACUUCAUUGUUGUAGCUCCCUUCAAUGUACACUUGU